AUGAGGACUUUUUACCCAUCUGAUGAUUCUUGCACUAAAGAAUCACUCCUCACUUCCUUGAAUCCACAAUCAUGGCUUCAGGUUGAGAGAGGGAAGCUCUCUUCCUCCUCUCCUCAUCCACUGUGCAGAGGAUCAUUUAUCAAAGUCCCCGAGCCGCAGCUACUGCCUCAUUAUAAACCUCUUGACUAUGUACAAAUUCUUGCUCAGAUUCAUGAAGAACUCGAGUCUUGCGCUUUACAUGAGAGGUCGACUCUGUAUCUAUUGCAGUAUCAAGUCUUUAGAGGUCUUGGAGAGACCAAACUCGGACAUAGAAGCCUUAUAUCAGCUUGGCAAGAAGCUACAACUGUCAAUGAGAAAGUCGUGUUUGGGUCUUGGUUAAGGUAUGAGAAACAAGGGGAAGAAGUUAUAGCUGAUUUGCUUUCUUCUUGCGGUAAGUAUUCAGAAGAGUACGUGCCGCUGGAUAUUGCAUCUUAUGUACUUGAUAUUGCUGCUACUUCCCCUAAGGCAGCAUCUGUGAAGCUGAAGCUCCAGGUUUCGAAACAUGUUGUCUUUAAGAUAGGAGAAGAGAGAGUAUCUUGUGACAGGAAGAGAUUCACAAGUCUUUCACCUCCAUUUCACGCCAUGCUCUGUGGGAACUUCGCAGAAUCGCGUCUUGAUGAGAUAGACAUGCCAGAGAAUCAUGUCUCGUCGUCAGCUAUGUCCUGUAACACUAUGCGUGUUGUCAGAGACUUCAGCGUUUCAGGUGUUCUGACCGGAGUCUCCAAGGAUCUUUUACUGGAAGUUGUAAUGUUUGCAAACAAGUUUUGCUGCGAGAGGCUUAAAGAUGCAUGCGACAGAGAACUAGCUUCUCUGGUUUCUUCAAUGGAAUGUGCCAUUGAGAUAAUAGACUUUGCACUCGAAGAGACCUCCCCGAUCCUAGCUGCAACGUGUUUGCAAGUUUUUCUUUACGAGAUGCCAGAUAGUUUGAUGGAUGAACGUGUUGUCGAGGUUCUGACUCGUGUUAACAGAUCUCAAGUCUCAACCAUGGCAGGAAAAGCUUCAUUCUCCUUAUACUCUUGCUUAAGCGAAGUCUCCAUGCGUUUAGAUCCUUGUUCCUACCGAACAUUGGCCUUCUUGGAGAAAGUAGUUGAGUUUGCGGAAUAUGAUCAGCAGAGAGAAUUGGGGUUUCACCGGUUAGGGUGUACAAGGCUGUUAAGGAAAGAGUACCGUGAGGCAGAAGAAGCAUUCGGAACCGCAUUUAAACUAGACCUUGUGUAUUCAGCUACAGGUUUAGCAAGAAUAGGUUACAUCAAAGGCCAUCGGCUUUGGGGCUACGAGAAGCUAACCUCUGUUAUCUCCUCUGUUUCACCGCCUCUGGGAUGGGUGUAUCAAGAAAGGUCUUUAUACUGUGAAGGUGAUAAGAAGCUUGAGGAUCUUGAUAAAGCAACAGAGCUUGACCCGACUUUGACUUAUCCUUACAUGUACCGAGCUGUCACGCUGAUGUCAGAACAAAACGCUGAGGCUGCACUCGAGGAAAUCAACAGGAUAUUGAGGUUUAAACUCGCUUUAGAGUGCUUGGAGAUCAGGUUUUGUCUUUAUCUCGGCAUGGAUGACUACGGAGCGGCUCUUCGAGAUAUCCAGGCUGUUCUUACUCUGUGUCCAGACUACAGAAUGUUUGAUGGGAAAGUAGCUGCGAGGCAGCUCCGGACACUGGUGUAUGAGCAUGCCGAGAACUGGACAACCGCUGACUGUUGGGUGCAGCUUUAUGAGAAAUGGUCGAAUGUUGAUGAUAUCGGUUCUCUUUCAGUGAUCUAUCAGAUGCUUGAAGCUGAUGCUUUUAAAGGUGUUCUUUACUUUAGGCAAUCUCUGCUUCUCCUUAGGUUGAACUGUCCUGAAGCAGCCAUGCGUAGCUUACACUUAGCCAGAGAACACGCUUCGAGUGACCACGAGCGUCUGGUGUAUGAAGGAUGGAUCUUAUAUGACACUGGUCACUGUGAAGAAGGGCUUAAGAAGGCUAAACAGUCCAUUAAAAUAAAGAGAUCAUUCGAAGCUUAUUUCCUCCAAGCUUAUGCUUUAGCUGAAUCUAGUCUUGAUCCAUCUAGUUCUUCAACCGUUGUUUCGCUUCUUGAAGACGCUCUUAAGUGCCCUUCUGAUAGGUUGCGUAAAGGUCAGGCUCUAAACAAUCUUGGGAGUGUCUAUGUAGACUGCGAGAAGCUAGACUUAGCUGCGGACUGUUAUAUAAACGCUUUGAAAGUGAGGCACACACGUGCGCACCAAGGCCUAGCUCGUGUCCAUUUCCUUAGAAACGACAAAGCUGCGGCUUAUGAAGAGAUGACCAGACUCAUCGAAAAGGCUCAAAACAACGCAUCUGCUUACGAGAAGAGAUCAGAGUACUGCGACCGUGAACUAGCCAAGUCCGAUCUCGAAAUGGUCACUCGGUUAGACCCUCUCCGAGUCUAUCCUUACCGGUACCGUGCGGCAGUGUUGAUGGAUAGUAGGAAGGAGAGAGAGGCUAUCAUGGAGUUAUCUCGAGCUAUAGCCUUUAAAGCUGAUCUUCAUCUUCUUCAUUUAAGGGCAGCUUUCCACGAGCACACCGGGGAUGUAAGUAGCGCGUUACGGGACUGUCGUGCGGCGCUGUCCGUUGACCCUAACCAUCAAGAGAUGCUCGAGCUCCAUAGCCGUGUUAAUAGCCAUGAACCUUGA